UUAAAAUUCAAACAACUAAUCCUAGUUGUCCCAAUUACUUUAAUGAAGAUUUGACCUUUCAAGCCAACUUUAUAAACUGAUGGUUUAUAGUUAGGGGUUAUAUUUUGUCAACCAUUGUAAAGCAAAGAUGCAGCGGUUAGAUGGGCAGCGCCUGCUGGGUGCUGUGUUGCUGUCGGUCCUGUUGUGUGGCGUCAGCGCUUACUAUGUACCCGGAGCGUACCCCGCGGAGUUUCAAGUUGGAGAUUUAUUACCAGUUUAUGCAAGCUCGCUGACGUCGUUUGAUACGGAGCUGCCCCUGGACUAUUAUUCGGCGCCGUUCUGCAAACCUGCGGAGGGCGUAAAAAGGAUUGCUAACACAGCCAAUCCGGGCACCAUCCUGGAGGGCAUCCGGAUAGAGAACUCGCCAUACAAUUUCAGUAUGAAGGUUAAGCAGUCGGGCCUUUUGGCCUGUCCUUCUGGAUCCUACGGGCCAUUGGAUUCGAAGGAAGUCAAGUUGCUGAAGCGGUUAAUUGACCAGCACUACCGUGUCAACCUGAUUUUGGAUAACCUUCCAGUCACGGUUUACAACCUUCUCGAUGAGACCGAGUUCCUGCGACCCGGGUUCGAGGUUGGCUACAAGGUCGGCGACAAGUACUACAUCAACAACCACCUAGUCUUCAAUGUCCUGGUCUACCAGACGCAUGGAGAGUACACUGCUGCGCGCAAACAGUACGUUAAGUCCGAACUUGCAGACAUUAAGGCGCUGGGGGUGGACCCCGCGUACUACAUGGUGGUGGGCUUUGAAGUGUCGCCGUGCUCGAUUGCGAGGAAGGCAGGCGAGGAUGUUGAGGCCAUUGUAUGUGGCGUGGACGGCGACAGCCACAUCACUCCACAGGAAAUAAGAGAGGGUGCGGAUAUUGUGUUCACGUACGACGUGUUCUGGCAGGACAGCAAGAUUAAGUGGGCCUCACGCUGGGAUGCCUACCUGCGCAUGCCUGGUGGCAAGGUGCAUUGGUUCUCCAUCGUGAACAGUUUACUGGUGGUCCUGGUGAUGGCCACCAUCGUGGCUAUGAUUCUUGUGCGCACUAUCCGCCGCGACUUGGCCAAGUACGAAUCGCUGAUGGUUGACGGCACUGGCCCCGGCGACGCGCGAGACGAAGCGGGCUGGAAACUGGUGGCGGGCGACGUUUUCCGCGCGCCUGCAAACUCGGCGAUGCUAGCUGUGCAGGUGGGCACUGGCGUCCAGAUCCUGGCCACGUCGCUCGUGACGCUAGUGCUGGCUGCGCUGGGCUUCUUGUCUCCAGCGGCCCGCGGUGCGCUCCUGACGGCCGGUAUGCUGUUCUUUGUGCUGUUGGCGGGCGUGGCAGGCUUCGUGGCGGUGUAUGUAUGGGGCCUCAUGGAACGCUCCUUCACCAGCUGGCAGGCGGUGUGUGCACGUGUGGCGGUGUACUACCCCGGCAUCAACCUCCUUGUCUUCACGGUGCUCAAUCUGGUGAUUGUGCACACUGGCUCCACGGGUGCCGUGCCGCUGGGCAUGUACUUCUCCUUGGGAUGCGCCUGGUUCCUGGUGGCCACACCGCUCACCUUCCUAGGUGGCAUGAUCGCUGUGCGCGUGCCGCUGCUGGACUGGCCCGUAAAAACCAACCAGAUUCCGCGCCACAUCCCUCCAGCACCGCUUUCAGCCAACCCCGUGCUGCUAUUUCUGGCCGCUGGUGUGCUGCCUUUCGGCACCAUGUUUAUCGAGCUGUACUUUGCCAUGACGUCAUUGUGGCUGGGGUACUUUUACUACCUGUUUGGCUUUGUGCUGCUUAUUGGGGCACUCACGUGCGUCAUCAACACGGAGAUUGCGGUGCUGUGCACGUAUGUGCAGCUCUGUGCCGAGGACUACGCAUGGUGGUGGCGGUCCUUCUACCGUGGCGCCAGCGUGUCGCUUUACAUUGGGCUUUACGCGCUCGGCUUCCUCAUGUCGUCUAUGUCGAGCUUGGCCGGUUUCAUUCCUAUCUUCAUCUACCUUUGCUACAUGACGCUCUUUGUCCUGGCAUUCUACUACGCCAUGGGCGCUUUGGGCUUCGGUGCGAGCCUUUGGUUUGUGUACAGCAUCUUCAAGGCCGUUAAGGCAGAUUGAAAAGAGAGGGUAGGCGGGGAGAGGAGGAAAAUGGCAGGUGGCGGGCGCAGAGCUGGGUCGCUGAAGAAGCUGGACCGCGUCUCGGUGGGCGCCUGUUCAUCCGUGCGUAGCCAAACUCGUUGCUUUGGAAUCUACUACGGUAUUGCAUCGAGCAUGUGGGUUUGGCCCUUCCUUUUCUAAAGCCCCGCAUUCUCGGUGGCAGGGGUACAUGCGUCAAUAAUUUUUUUGCGGGCUUUGGCAGCGCGUCGUGAUACCUGCUGCCAAGAACUUAGUGCGCUCAUGGCUUGCAAGCACGGAUGCGGGCAAACUGGGAAGUGUGCCAGAGCAGCUGCGCGGCAUGACUUCGCGGCAUACUGUGGGGACUUAUGUACAGCUGUCUUGUGUUUCGAGGGUGACUGUCCUAUGAGCAUAUAUGUGUUCCACGUAUGGGGUAUGAACGCGCAGCCUUGUAUAUUUUGCUUAUUGCCGCAAGGCUUGUGGAAGUUUGGACAUUAUAUGGUGCCAUAAUGUGCUGCUUCGCAGUUCUUACGACUUGACAACAGUUGUAAAGAUCGAAAAUUCAG